ACACCAUGACGCCCAAGAUUGGAUACGCAAAUUGGCUGAUGGAUGACUGCUACUUGGAAGAAAAGUACAAAUACGUAGAGAUGUUCAAGCCAGAUACACCGUACGUGAAAGUGAGCGCUAACCUCUUCGAAAAUCUCGGUCUCAUAAGGCUGGGAAAUCUGCAUACUUCUUACAACAAGACAACUGAGUGGGUCACUGGCCCAGCUGUGGUAAGUGCUUUCUACCAUCCUGGGCGCAACGACAUUACAUUUCCGGCUGGGAUUCUUCAACCACCAUUCUACAAGUACGGGUUACCUGUGUCGGUGAACAUGGGAGGAAUAGGAAUGGUUAUUGGUCACGAAGUCACCCACGCUUUUGAUGACAAGGGCAGCCAAUUCAACGCUAAAGGAGAGUUAUUGAAUUGGUGGACAAAUGGGACCAGAACGGAAUAUCUAACGCUAAAAAAGUGCUUCAUAGACCAGUACGGAAGGAUCAAUGAGAGUCAAACAUGUCUUCCGUUAAACGCAUUAAACACACAAGGGGAAGACGUUGCAGAUAAUGGAGGAUUACUUGGAGCAUAUCUUACAUACAAAAGGCUCGCCAAUAACAGCGAACAGUAUCAAGAUUUAGCUCUUCCUGGUCUGGAAAACUUUACUAGUGACCAAAUGUUUUUCAUCUCAAACGCUGUAGUCUUCCACAAGCGGGGAACCUUCCGGGUAUGCUGCUGGUGGAAGCAGCGCCCUUACGUGGCGCAAGAUUUUCAGUGA